AUCAGAACCCAAAUUCUUCGCCGCAGCGUACCUCAAAAGGAACUGUGACCCAGCAGCGGAAGCACCAGCAACAAUCCAGUUUAUCAUCCUCCUUCUGCGUGUCUUUAUCAAUCACCUGGAGGCUGCAGCUGGUGAGCAUAGCUCAAUUUUUUUUUCCGCGCUGUGGAGUUUUUUCGCAGUUUAGAGGACACUGUUUAGCUGCUGUAUGUUGCAUAAUUCGCUUUAGAGACGGUAGUUAUGGAUUUUGACGAGUAUGAUUAUUUGGAGAAAACAGUUGAAAACCCCGAGGGACAAAAAGUGAAGGAAACUGCCAAUGGCGGUGAUGGAGAAAUGAAAUCUGGAGAUAAGCAUUAUAGUCGGAGUUUAAAAUAUAAGAGUGAUGGUAAAGAUGAUGGGGAACAUAGGUCAAAGCGUUCGAAAUCGGAUGAUGAGUCACGUGAUCGAGACCGGCAUAGAGAUAGGACUUCUUCCCGUCAUCGCUCUAGGUCCAGAGAGAGGGACCGUGAUAAGCAUCGAAGCUCCAAGGAAAAUAGGGGAAAAGAUGACAGAGAAGGGAAUCGGGAAGAGAGAAGCAGUAAGGACAGGGAUGUGGACAGAGAUAAAGAACGUUCUCAUGAUCGUGAUAGACGGGGUAGAGAUGGUGAAAGGAAUAGGGAAAGAGAACGAUCACGUCGAAGUAGAAGUCGUUCAGAAAGACAUCGCAGUGAUCGUGACGAUGGCAUAAGAGAGAGGAGCCGAGAUAAUGAACUCAGAGAAAGAGAAAAGGAGAGAGAGUCUAGAGAGCGAGGCAGAGAUGGCAGAAGAUAUAAAGAUAAAAAGGACGAAGCAGCUGAACCAGAAGCUGAUCCUGAAAGGGAUCAGAGGACUGUAUUUGCCUAUCAGAUAAGUUUAAAGGCAACUGAAAGAGAUGUGUACGAGUUCUUCUCCAGGGCUGGUAAGGUGCGAGAUGUACGCCUCAUAAUGGAUCGUAAUUCACGGCGUUCUAAAGGCGUUGGGUAUGUUGAAUUUGUGGAUGCAAUGUCUGUGCCCAUGGCUAUUGCACUUUCCGGCCAGCUCCUGCUUAGUCAACCUGUGAUGGUAAAGCCAUCUGAAGCUGAGAAAAACCAGGUUCAAUCAACUUCUGCUGCUGGUGGACCGGGUGGAGCAAUGGGCCCCUACUCUGGUGGUGCCAGAAGGUUAUAUGUUGGCAAUCUGCACCCCAACAUAACUGAAGAUAACCUUCGUCAGGUUUUUGGAGCUUUUGGCACUGUGGAACUGGUCCAGAUGCCCCUUGAUGAAUCUGGCCAUUGCAAGGGUUUUGGUUUUAUUCAGUUCACACGUCUUGAAGAUGCUAGAAAUGCACUGAGUUUGAAUGGACAACUUGAGAUUGCUGGUCGAACGAUAAAGGUGUCUACAGUCACAGAUCAGCCUGGUUUGCAAGAUGUUGGAGCAAGUACAGGAGACCUUGAUGAGGAAGACGGCGGUGGCUUGUCUUUAAACGCUAGUUCUCGAGCAUCCCUGAUGCAGAAGCUGGACCGUACUGGUGCCGCAUCUAGCAUUGCUGGUUCUUUAGGUACACAUGUUGUAAAUAACACAGGUGCUACUAUGCCCGCACCGAUCCUGGGAGGUGCAACUAUCCCAUCCCUCGGUGUUGGUACUUCCUUGGCUGCCUUUCCUGCUUUUCCUGGACUUGGUGCAGGCGUUCAGGUUCCCCCCGUCACUGCCAAUUUACUUGGUGUUGGUACUCCAAGUGAAUGUCUACUGUUGAAGAAUAUGUUUGAUCCUACAGCUGAGUCGGAACCAACUUUCGAUCUGGAUAUCCGAGAUGACGUUGAAGAGGAAUGCUCUAGGUUUGGAAAAUUGAAACAUAUAUACGUUGACAAGAAUAGCGCCGGUUUUGUAUAUUUGAGGUUUGAAAAGCCAGAGUCUGCAACUGAAGCCCAACGUGCCCUGAAUGGAAGAUGGUUUGCUGGGAAAAUGAUUGGUGCAACUUUCAUGGACAUUCCAAGCUAUGAAGCGAAAUUUCCAGACAGCAGAUAACACACAUCCAAGCUUAGUUUGAAUACUCUACUCUGAAAUGAUUACCGGCCUGUCAAUCCGUUGAUUAUUCUGAAGUGGCUUAAAGAUGCCAAGGUCAGAAGAUGAUUUGUAUCUCUUUGAAAGGUACCAAUUUACUAUUUAUGAGCACGAUGGCCUAGCGAACGAAGACGGUGAAAGGAAAUUGCGUAAACCUAUAUAGGAUCUAUUGUUAAACAGAAUAUUGAAAAGUUGAUUGUAGUAUAGCUCAGAUAUGGCCCUUUGUAUGUUCUAUUAGGAGUUCUUUAAUCUGAACCUGAUUUGACAUAGGAAACUCUGUGCCCAUUCUUCAGCUUGCUCGAUUUAUAUCUAAAGACAUCCUAGGAGAUCUGCAAUGUUACGACGCUGUUUAUGUUUAUGCAUAUUAUUUUAUGCUUAGUUUUAACUGAUUUUGGAACA